AUGGAUGAAGUCUAUGAAAAGCGGAUAUAUUUCGCUCGUCUGAUAUGCUGCAAAAUCCUUACUCCAUUUAUAUGCACCACCGGGAUCGUAGUCAACAUUAUAAACAUCAUUGUUCUAACUCGAUCAUGGAUGAAAUCUUCUACCAAUGUGUAUCUAACAGCUGUAGCAGCUUCAGACUUAAUCUACCUCACAUAUUCUUUAUUAUUCAGUCUUCAAAUCUACCCAACAUUCUAUAGCAUGCGGAUUUAUAUGCAAGCCGUACCAAUUAUCCAUGGGACUGCAAAUCUCUUUAGUAACAUCACAACGUGGCUAACGGUCAGCUUUACCAUUGAGCGUUUCAUCAACAUUUCCUUCCCAAUUUUUGGACAUCGUGUGUGCACUCGGGGAAAGGCAAAACGCAUUGUGUGUAUAGUUUGCAUUGUCUCCUUCAUCGUCACAUUUCCGGAUUUUCUUCAAAGAAAAGUCACUCCCCCAAUGUAUGCAAAUGGAACACUUAUUCCCGGUGGAAGAUAUAUUGUCGAGGACUCAGAAUAUCAAAAAGUUCUAACCACCUUUGGAUAUGCGUUUAUUAAUCAAAUCUCCUUUGUUAUUUUGCCUUUCCUUCUGCUGACAAUUUUUAAUAUCCUUUUAAUUCGAAAAGGCUUAAGGGCAAAACGAAAGCGCAGAGACAUGCUAAAGGAGUACCAAGAUCGGCAUCCGAAAGCCCAGUAUAAAUCCAAAAAUGUGGAAAUUGCAAAAUCUUGCUUAAAUGCUACUGUAGCAGUUGCCCAGAUGCGCACUAACAGUUCACGCAGGGCUUUGUUCAGCGAACAACAGAGGAUCACAGUUAUGCUAAUCUCAAUUGUGGUGGCAUUCCUGAUUCUCCAGAUCCCCAGCACUGUGCUCAACAUUAUUUCCAACCUCUUUACCUCAGAGGAGAUUGUUGCUGAUGCAAACUUUCAUUCUCUUAUUAUCGUUUUCUCGAAUGUUUCAAACGUUUUGCUUUUCACUAAUGCCACCAUGAACUUUGUCUUUUAUUCCCUCUUCUCCAUCAAGUUCAGAACUACCUGUAAGUCCCUAUUUGGACGUAGAUGCAUGGCUGCAGGGUGUAAAGCUGGAGUGCAUACAUUUCAUCGUCAGGGGAGUCAAAAGAAUGGAUUGACUUGUGUGGAGGUGGAGCCAAGGAGUGCAAGGAUUGCCAAGGCGCUGAGUACACUCCCUAUUUCCUGUGAUGCGACCGUUGUUGCCACCUCGCAAGAUAAUGCGGAGUAG